CCCUCCCUAUUCUUUCUGCCCACCUACCGCCACCUCCCCCUCGCCUCGCGAACAGAUACCAAUACCCAGAUCACAAGUGAAGGGGCAGAUUUUUUUCUCACUUGUAUGCCAAGUCGCCUCCUCCCCAUCCGCGCCCCCUUCCUCACCAAGCCCACAGCUCUCAGGGGUUUUUGGAUCCUAGGCAAAGUGAAUUAUAGCUUUCUUCAGGAGUCAAAAUGCCUUCUUCAGGAAGAAUUUGCUAAACAUAUGGCUUCAAAUACUGGCAAGAAGCUCAUUCAGAUCGAUGUGAGCUCGGAUACAGUGUGCCCUUGGUGCUUUGUUGGGAAAAAGAAUCUUGAGAAAGCUAUGGAACAAACCAUGGACAAGUUCGAUUUCGAGGUUCGUUGGCAUCCAUUUUUUCUGAACCCUGAUGCACCUAAGGAAGGUGUCAAGAAAUCUGAUUUCUACAAGACCAAGUUUGGCCCUGUGCAGUUUGAGCGUGCAACUGCUCGCAUGAGAGAGAUGUUCCGAGGACUUGGCUUUGAAUAUGACAUGUCAGGACUCACCGGGAAUACAAUGGACAGCCAUAGGCUCAUAACACUUGCCGGACACCAAGGCUACGAUAAACAAAAUGCUCUUGUAGAUGAAUUAUUCGUCAGUUAUUUUUGCCAAGGAAAAUAUAUUGGUGAUAGGCAAGUUCUUAUGGAUGCUGCAAGAAAGGUGGGCAUAGAAGGAGCAGAAGAACUUCUGCUGGACCCUAGCAAAGGAGUCGAUGAGGUUAAGGAAGAACUCAACAAGUACUCUUCUGGCAUUUCUGGAGUCCCUCACUUUGUGAUCAAUGGAAAAUAUCAACUCAGUGGUGGUCAGCCUCCAAACAUAUUCAUGAGGGCGUUCGAGACUGCUGCCAAAGAUGCAGCUGAAUGAUUGUUCAAGGAACUUCUUUACGGAUUAUACUUGUAUGUACAAAAAUAGCAAAAUAUUGUGGUAAAAAGGAAUAAAGGAUGGCUUGCAAAAAGGAACAACAAAAGUUACAAGUCAUUUAUGGUUUUAUUAUGAAAAAGAUAAUUUAUGAAUCCUACUAUAUUUGCAGUAA